GACCUUGUCAAGAGCAACUCUCCACUAUGUCAACAAAAUCCUACGAUUAUUUAAUAAAAUUGCUUCUUAUAGGAGACUCAGGAGUAGGUAAAUCAUGUCUUCUUUUACGGUUUUCCGAGGAUUCCUUCACGCCAUCUUUUAUUACAACGAUUGGGAUUGAUUUCAAGAUUCGCACCAUCGAACUUGAUGGUAAGCGCAUCAAACUACAAAUAUGGGAUACUGCAGGCCAGGAACGAUUCCGCACAAUUACAACUGCAUAUUAUCGUGGAGCAAUGGGUAUUUUGUUAUUGUAUGAUGUUACAGACAAAAAGUCUUUUGACAACAUCCGAAUAUGGUUCAGCAACGUGGAACAACAUGCCAGUGAAAAUGUGUACAAAAUUUUAGUUGGUAAUAAGUGUGAUUGCGAAGAUCAAAGACAAGUUUCUUUUGAACAGGGAAAAGCUUUGGCUGAUGAACUUGGAGUAAGAUUCUUGGAAGCUAGUGCCAAGACGAAUGUCAAUGUGGAGGAAGCGUUUUUCACGCUUGCUCGUGAAAUCAAAAAGCAAAAGAUUGAUGCCGAACAUGAAUUCAACAAUCAAGGGAACAACGUCGAUCUUGGAAAUGACCAUUCUGUGAAGCGUUGCUGUUAAUCUAUUUUAUCCGUCGUAUUGGACACAUUUACUUUCAUCUUGUGUUUUCCUUUUUUGAUACUUGAUUCAUGACGUCGUCUUAUGUUGGCUUGGUAUUGUUUCUUUGCUCUUCAUGAAUUCUUAUGAUACUGACAGGUUGCUUCUCUAAUCCAUUAGAGUUGCUAGUCGGAUCCUUAUUUUUUUUUUUAUUAUUAUUGUUUUUCCGUUCGUAUUGUGUUUCAGCUUGAUGCUUCUGAUGGAUGAUAGAUAGUCCGCGUCGUAAAUUCCGUUUCUUUAAUGCUUUUACAUACAUAACAUAAAUUUCAUGUCUAAUAUCAACUCUUCUAUUUUUGUCAAACCCGCUGACAUCCUUGAUCCCGCUAUACAAUUGCCAACUACGUGUUUCAUUCUCGUGCCAAUAAUCUGUAUGAUGGUUAAUGAAUUAAUAUACGGCCCGAAGAGUUGUAUUUCUAUCUUCACACUGAUUUCUAUUGAAUCAUCGAAAGAAGAAGUCUGAAAAUGGGAUUUCCGAAAGUAAUCCUUCAAAAACAUCGAGUGGAAAUGUUCGUAAAACGUUUCUGUGGUAUUACGAACAGUUAAUGUAAUCUAUAAUCCGGACUCACCAAACUUGAGGAGCAAUUUAAUUUUUUCUAAUUCAAAACCAAGAAAUCAAACCUCGUUCUAUUACAUUGUAAAUUCCCACCUCCGUCAC